AACAGGGUUUUUGAAAGUUUCAAGGAAGUUAUUAAAACAUGUCUAAAUAACCUCAGGGCAUGAAUAAAACCUGAGACGUUCUCAGAACCUCCCUGCAACCUACAAAUAAGCAUCCCAGUGGAUGCAACAUUUUCACUUCUUUUCUCAAAAUGUUUAAAAAACGUUCAAUUUUACUGUUCAGGAAACUUAUGGAUUUGUUCCCACAACCAAUGUGAAACCAAAAGCAUACGUUCCCACUUCCAAGAAACCAAAUGUGCUAGCAGGGUUGUGAUGCUAAAAACAAACAAAGUGAAGAUAGACGCGAUUCCAGUUCAAAGUGGAUACACCAAUGUACAUAUUUACCUCAUACGAGCUUGAGUUCCUCAUUGUAAUGAUGAUUCAUUGGGAUGAACAAGAAAGGAAAGGUCACCUGGUAAAAAGUGUUGACUGAAACAGCUUUGUUCAAAACAGUGUUUUGGUCUUCUCUUUAGGCAUACCAACAAUAUUUGGAAAAACUAUAAACAGUGCAUUCGAAAAGUAUUCAGACCCCUUGACUUUUUCCACAUUUUGCUACGUUAUAGCCUUGUUAUAAAAUUGAGAAGGCUCUGUUCUGUGGUGAUAACUUUACCAAAAGGCCUCAACUGACAGGUUCUGCUGUCCUCCUGAGGGAACUCCACUCUGACCAUGAGGGACCGUCUGGAGGAGCUGCGUCAGAGGGCCCAGGAGUUCCGGGAGGCAAGAAACAAGGCAGAUGAGACCCCAUUCCCUGAGGAUGACGCUGACCCAGAUGACCCAGCAUGGGUUAGUGUCGCCACUCCACAGCAGGCUGUGGUGUUUGAGAAGGAACCAGUCCUGGACAACUUCCUGUCCGAGGCUCAGCAUAUCCGCGGUGACAUCACUGAGCUCGAAACCGAGGUGAAGAAGUUCAGCCAGCAUCAAAGGAGCCUGGUGGCAACCAUGCGUCGUUUCAGUGUGAUGAAAAAGGAGAGCAGUGUGACGAGGGACAUCAAGCUGCAGGCAGAGCGCAUCCACAGACGGCUGGACGCCCUCUUCAAGAAGGCACAGAGUUUAGAAGACAUGCAGGGACUGGCUACAGCCACUACACGCAUCCAACGCUCCCAACACGCAGCGCUAAACAGACAAUUCCAGCAGGUGAUGCGUUUGUACAACGACUCCAUUCUCAGUAAACAGGAGCGGUGUAAACACUUCAUCAUCCGUCAGCUGGAGGUGUCUGGUCGCGAUGUCACCGAGGAGGAUGUGGACGAAAUGGUUGCUGCGGGGAAGUGGGAGGUGUUUAACCAGAACCUCCUCAACAAUGAACGCAUCACACGCUCUAAGCUGUCUGAGAUCGAGCAGAGACACAAGGAGCUGGUGAAUCUGGAGAGCAACAUGAAAGAGCUGAGAGAUCUGUUCAUGGAUGUCUUUAUGUUGGUGGAGGAGCAGGGAGACUACAUAGACCACAUCCAGACCAGCGUAGAGAAGACACAGGACUAUGUCACUGUCAGUAACGAGAAGUUUAAAAUGGCUGCCAGGUACAGGAAAAAUAACCCUUUGAGGAGGCUGUGCUGCUGUUGCUGCCCCUGGUGGUGAUGCACAUAGAGGAGAGACUGGAGACUGGAGAUGCCUCUGGAGGUUUUUCAGAUGGGGAGAGAAAGAAUUCUGGAGAGUCUACAGGUGGCAUUUCACUUAUAAGAAUCUUCAGAGGAGACCGCGUGAAUCAGGCCUUCGUGGUCGAAUUGCUGCAAAGAAACCACUACUAAAGGAAACCAAUAAGAAUAAGAGAAUUGCUUGGGCAAAGAAACACGAGCAAUGGACAUUAGACCAGUGGAAAUCUGUCCAUUGGUCUGAUGAGUCCAAAUUUGAGAUUUUUGUUUCCAACCGCCAUGUCUUUGUGAGACUCAGAGUAAGUGAACAGAUGAUCUCCGCAUGUGUGGUUUGUGGUUCCCACCAUGAAGCUUGGAGGGGGAGGUGUGAUGGUGUGUGGGUGUUUUGCUGGUGACACUGUCAGUGAUUUAUUUAGAAUUCAAGGCACACUUAACCAGCAUGACUACCAUAGCAUUCUGCAGCGAAAAGCCAUCCCAUCUGGUGUGCGCUUAGUGGGACUAUCAUUUGUUUUUCAGGUGACCUGGCCUCCACAAUCACCUGACCUCCACCCAAUUGAGAUGGUUUGGGAUGAGUUGGAAAAAGCAACAAACAAGUGCUCAGCAUAUGUGGAAACUCCUUCAAAACGGUUGGAAAAGCAUUCCAGGUGAAGCUGGUUGAGAGAAUGCCAAGAGUGUACAAAGCUGUCAUCAAGGCAAAGGGUGGCUACUUUGAAGAAUCUAAAAUAUAAAUAUUUGUCUAACACCUUUUUGGUUACUACAUGACUCCAUAUGUCAUAUUUCAUGGUUUUGAUGUCUUCACUAUUAUUCUACAAUUUAAAAAAAUUGUCAAAAUAAAGAAAAACCCUUGAAUGAAUGGGUGUGUUCAAACGUUUGACUGGUACUGUACAUAGGAAUGCAUUUACCUGUGA